UCCGCGCUCAGUGGCGAUGCGGCGCCGGCUGGGCAGCGGGGGGCUCGGCUCCGGGCGCUGAUCCCCGGCGCGGCCAUGCUGCGGGGACACGGAGGCUGCGGCUCCGCCUGACGCCGCCCCCAGCUCCCCGGCGGCGGCUCCGACGCAGCCCGGCCGGAUGGAGGCUCCAGGUGGGGCGGGGACCCCAGAACGGGUGAAAGAAGCCCAAACGCUGGAGCGAGCCGCAGGCAUCCCGGCACACGGGCCGGUGGAGGAGCCUCCCAGCCCCCCUGCCGAGGAGCAAGGCGGGAUCCCCAUCCCCAGCUCGGGCCUGCUGCAGGUCGCUGAACGGAGACAGCCCCUGAGCAGCGUGUCCUCCCUGGAGGUGCACUUCGACAUGCUGGAUCUGACCGAGCUGACGGACAUGUCGGACCAGGAGCCCGCCGAGGUCUUCGCCGACUCCGACGACGAGAACGUAGCCAGCGAGUCCCCUGCCGGUCUGCACCCGCACCCCAUCCCUCGGGCAGGUUACCGGCGAUCCCCCUCCUGGACAAGGACCAAAGGCGAGCAGGGGCGGGAGAAGAAACACCUCAGUGACUCGGAGCUGCAAGCAGGCGUUGGCGACACGUUCCCGGCGGGGGAGAGGCCCCAGGAGGAAUAGGGGGCUGGCAGCCAUGGUGCCCCUCCCCCCCAAUUCCAGACCGUUUGUGACUUAACAGACCCCUGCACCUAGAGAGACGUGCAAAUGCUGCUGGCUCCAUGUAACACAAAGCUCCCCCCUUAGUACAGCCACAGGAGGUGGAGCAGCUGUGUGAGGGCGCUGGCCAUGCUGGGCAAGGAAUUCCCGGGGGGGGGGGGGGGGGGCACAGAUCAUCAUCACACCGUCUUAGCACUUUUUUUUAACCCUUUCUUGCUCUUUCUGCACAAAACCUGGCCAGGCCAGCUGCAGUGAGAGCCGCCAAGGGAUUGUGCUGAGCAGGGCCUAGGGCCAGGAGGGAGCCUGGCUGCACAGAAGGGAAAAGCAGGUUUGGAGAGAAUUGCGUCUUUCUGGAGAACAACCCUCCUGCUGCAGGCAGAGUCCGGGGAGGGGGGGAAGCCCCCUCUCUUCCCCCAGGGCAGGGGGAGGCAACAUCCAAGGAACCUGAGAGCAAACAGCCACACGGGUUCUUCCCCAAUGAAGUGCUGCAGCUCAGAGCAGAACCCAGCUGCCUGGGAGCUGCCGGCCAAGGCAGGAUCUAGCCCCCACCUUCUAGAAGCACAUUCCCUUCCCCAUGGCCUUACGCCUGUACGGGCUCUAGCUCUGGUGUAUGAGCAGCACUGCUGGAGAUGCCAACCCGGGAACAGCAGCCUGUGCUCAUGCUCCAUCGUGCGCCUGCACCAGGAACUCUGCAGUGGGACUGGCACGUGUUAACUCACGGGCCUGCGAGGAACCCGUGGGUCUGAAUUAUGACAACUGCUUUGCCAUCAUUACAAGGAACCCCAGUUCCAUCUCCGGAAGCAGCGUGGGCCGCUGCCCAGUUCCUGGGGAGCACCUUGGGCCCGAGGGCAGUUGGACAGACGUCUUUCAGCGAUAGAACCGGACUAGGCUGAAGCAAGCUGGACCAUGAGCCGAGUGUACAGAUCCUGCUGGAGGGGGCCCUGGGCCGAGGCAGGAGGGGCUGUGUUCACCUGAUCCUUUCACCACCGACACAAGCCGUGUCAUGCUAAGGAGCAGAAUGGAUUCGAGGUGGCCUGGGAGAAGAACGGGACCAGCGCUGCGCCCAGAAAACAAGCGGGGCUAAGCUGGACGUCCUGGCCUGGCCCCUUCAAACCUCAGCCCCCACUGAAUUGUUGCCUCUCCUAGCCGCUGCCUUCCACCUGGAGUCUGACAUGUUACCCAACUUUUCCUACCUCCUCCCGGGGGUGGGUUUAGCCUGUUGAAAGCCCACAGGGCCCGAUCUCGCUAAGCCCAGCCCUUCUGCAGGGGGAGCUGAACGAUGCUUGAAUGUCUUCGCAGGCUCCCCCCACAACUGCUGCUGUCCAUCCCUCCGCGCCCCCGGGGCAGCCUAGUCUUCAUCUCCUCCCUUGUUCAGAGCACCAAAUAAUGCCAAGGCUGCCUCAGGAGCCAUGGCAACUUUCUUAAAAGACAGUUACAAAGGAGGGAUGGGGGGCAGGGGGGAAAGUCGUCCCCUCCUUCCAACCUCCCUUGGUUAAACUGGGGAAUCCUCAUCUUCUGCCGUUGUGGAGAAGAAACUCUCCUGCCGAACCAACGUCUCUUGCCUCACUGUAGCAUCGUGUUGGGUGUGUGGCUGCCUUCGGGCCCUGUGGUUCGGGUGCGCAGUAGUGUCUGGGCCGGGGCUUUGUUGUCCUUCCCCUGCUGAGAAGCAGCACUGCCGGCUCUGCUUAGGACCCCAGCCCCUGGUCCCUUGCAGGCGGCAGUUAGCGGCCAGCUAGCGAGGUAGCCUGGCUUGGAGGCCAUGUUCACAAGACGGGAAACGAGACAAUGCAGAAGUGGCCAGCACAACCCGUCACGUCCAGCUCUGCUGUUUAGUGCACAACAGCAGCAUUGUGAAGUGAGACUAGUAACAGGCUGGGGGACCAGGCUGGGAAGGGAUUGGAAAUAAUUAGGGCCUUACCAACCUCAUGGGCCAUUUUGGUCAAUUUCACAGUCAGGAUUUUAAAAAGAAUCAAUUUCAUGAUUUCAGCUCUUUAAAUCUGAAAUGUCAGUGUUGUAAUUGCAGGGGUCCUGACCCGUAAAGGAGUUGCAGGUGGGCUGCAAGGUUACUGUGUGUGUGGGGGGGGUAUUGCCACCCUUACUUCUGCACUGCUGCUG